AUGGAGAAAAAAGCCCACCGAGUCUUGUCUGGGGGGUACCCCUGGAUCAGGUACAGGGCUUCUCAGGCCCCACGGCCGUCAUGCCGGGCAGUUGGAUCCCUUCCCACGACGUGGGACCUUUCGCCGCCGCAUCUCCCUGAAUCCCUCCCCGGUGGACAAGUGGGAGGAUCGUCUUGUUUCUUUUUUGCGCUGGACAUGCCAUGGUCCAUGGUCACCGCCGUUCCAAUCUUAGAUCCAAAUUUUUUUGCUUCCGCGACCUAG